GCCACGUUGCAGUACAGAACGUAUGUCGCUUGGAGAUGAGCUCUUACAUUUGCUUCAUCACAGCCAACACAGGCAUUAGGCUAAAUGUUCAAAAUAGCAUUGGUGUUUCCAAAUUAAGUUAGAGGACGACCGAGCACGCUUUACUGUUUAUUAAAGGAGAAAACAACUAAAAAUAAGAAAAUGCUCACGGAUAUGAUCGGUGAGGAAGAGUUUGAAGUCAGGGAAGAGGAGCCGUGGUAUGACAGACAAGACCUUGAACAUGACCUCCAUUUGGCUGCAGAAUUGGGAAAGGUCCUGCUGGACAGAAACCAUGAGCUGGAGCAGGGCCUGAAACAGUUGUACUCCACAAACCAGGAGCAGGUGCAGGAGAUAGAGUACCUGGCGAAGCAGGUGGACCUGCUGCGGCAGGUGAACGACCAGCAUGCCAAGGUGUACGAGCAGCUGGACUUGGCAUCCCGAGACCUGGACCAGGGCAACACCAGGCUGGUGCAGGACAACAGGCUGGCCCAUCAGAAGAUCCACAGCCUAACUGAGACCAAUGAGGGUCUGCAGAGCCACCUGGAGGAGCUGCAGGUCCAGGUGGAGGAGUUGAGGACUGCACAGGCCGACCACAGUAAAAGAGAGCUGGCCGAGCAUAGACGCAGCCUUGGGGCUCAGAGUGUGUCUUGCCUCGAGUUGUACGACCUGCAGCACGACAGAAAUAAAGCCCUGUGUAGUCCAACAUCACCCCGCCUCCCUCUCAGGUUCCUGGCCUACAAGAGCCUACGUGUGGCCCACCCCUGGACAUUACAAUAUUCCAUCUCUGACUCUGAGGAGGAGCAAGAAUCAUUCCAGCGCUCAGUCCAGGCCCUGCAGGCCCAGCUGUGUGCAGAGCGCGGGCAGCGGGAGAUGGCGGAGCAGGAGACGGAGCUGAUGACUCGUGAGAAUGGGGCCCUGGAGCAGCGUUUGGCCCUGCUGGAGGGCUACCGCUCCCGGCAGAGGGAGUUGGAGGAGGAGGUGGAGGAACUCCGCCUACUGUGGAGAGCUGACUACACCACCAGCGCCAAGAGGCCUGACCAGCUCCUCCUGCCUGACACCAUCUACUUCCCUUCUGAGGAGAAGCCUGUCCUGGGUCAGGGCAAGGUGGAGGGAAAAGAGGACAAGGAUUGGGCAGCAGGGGAGCAAGAGCUGGGGAGGCGCACCCUACAGCGCUGUAGCAGCGAGAGUGUGCUGAAGGGGACCAAUGCUGUGGAGAUCCAGCGCGGCCAUGAGCGCAUGUGCAUCCGGCGGGCGGAGGUAGUGAAGCAGAGGGGUAUCUCUUUGCUCAACGAGGUGGACGCUCAGAACAGCGCCCUGCAGGUGAAGUAUGAGGAGCUUCUGCAACGCUGCCAGCAGGGGGCAGAUGGUCUCAGCCACAAGGCUGUCCAGACACCCAGCAGCCCUCAGGUUGGACUCCGUCCUCAGCAACGCCUCUCCAGUUCAGCUGCUCUGAUGUCCGAGCUCCCCGCUGUCCUGGAGGACGGCCAUCCGCUUCACCAGCCCGAGUACAAAGCUCUCUUCCAGGAGAUCUUCAGCCGCAUUCACAAGACCAAGGAAGACCUGAGUGAAAACAAGCGCUCCUGUCCAGACCAUUGACUCUGGUUACAGACAACCAUAUUGUGUUAGUGCCCUGUGACUGAUGAUCAGAUGCUUGGUCAUAGGAGGACUCAGAGGACCCUAAAGAAGUUAGGAUUACAUGCACAUGUGUGUGUCUAUGAAUGCACAUAAACACCUGUGCCUCUUUCACAACAUGCAACCUCAACUCUGAAUUUCUUUCCCUACUUUUGUGAUUCCGUUCUUGAGCAGCUCCUUCCAGUUACUGUGUUAUAGUCCUAUCUUAAUGCUUUGUGUGACAUCAGCCUUCUUAACAUGGUAGCAGAAGGCAUCGAUGGGAGCCCUGGUUGAUACCCAUUCUACUGGUGUCAGAGUUGAGGCUCGGUGGAGGAUAGUAAAGCUCAAAACAAGCUGAAUAUUGUGUAAGUCAGGUUUCUGCAAUGACGCAUUGCAGUUACACAACGCACAUACAGUACAACUCUUAGGUACUUUAUGUAAUACUACACCACUUGUAUACAGAUCUUUCAUUGUGUUCUAACUAUCCUUAAGUAUUAUGUUCUCGAUCCUACAAGCGUAUUCAAACCAAUCCGCUCAGUGUUGCAUAUGUGGCAACUAUGCACAUUUCCUGCAUUCCCUAGAUGAUAGAUUUAGUCUCAGUCUGUUAUGCAAGCUGAAGUAAUGGAACUGACUGAAUAAAAUCUAUUCAGGACUUUAAGAUUGCAAGGACUCCAAAAGGUAUUUUAGCGCCAGUGUUUGCAAUGUUUGUGCUUGUAAGUAAGUAAGUAAGUAGGAAGCUACCAGACAUCAGAAGUGUAGGCUGGAGAAGGGUCUAGUGACAGCAUGUCUUCUCAGCUUCAGUCAUCCUGUCUAUGACUAGCCCAUUGAAGGGCUACUAUGCACUUUUGUGUAUCAUGAAAUACACAAAAUGACAUAAGUACAUGUCAUUUUUUGGAAAACAUGUCUGUCUUUAGAGAUUAUGAAAUGCUAUUUAUUUUCAUAAUGUUAAUAUUUUGUCUUUAGUCACUAUAUUACAGAUAUAAAAUAUAUAAUGAUAUAUAUAUUUAUUUUGCUGGCAAACUGAUUAUUUCAGGAACCUUAACAGGAACUGAUAUUCAAUAGAAAUUGAACAAAUGAAAUUGUUUCUUUUAAAUCAGUUAAUACAUUGGUACUGACGUUGAGAUGGAUGGACGAGAGAAGCACGUGUGAAGGAUGCUGAUGCCCUUUUACGACUCACAAGUUUAUGAAUAGCUCACAUUUAUUAGCGUUCACUGACUCCACUGCCCUGUGGACCACAACAAAUAAGGUAUUCAUCUUGCUCUUCACCAAGCAAGACUUUAGAUUAAUCACAGUGUUUCCUCUAUGUUGACUUUUUGGAUUUUGGACCGCCACGGCUAAAUUUCUGCCGCCACGGUAUCAGAAAUAAGGCUGUACAAAAUUUUAGGCCGUCUAUCGAUAGCUAUCAGCAGUGAUUGUUAGAGUGCAUUUCGGAGAAUAGCACGGACACGUGCUUCACACCAAGUUGAGAUUGCAUGUAUGCGUCCUUGAGAUCUGUAAAUCGUAUAAUUUAUGUUGUCAGUUCAUUUAAGCCUGUUAUUGUAUAAGUCUAUAGUUCUUGCAAAAUUCAAUUAUGUUAACUGGUGAUUUUCGUUGUUUGUAUUCUUCCCCUGCUAGCUAAAUUGCACGUCUGUUGAUUCGAUAGCGAUUGCUGCCCUUGCUCACGUUUGUAUUUUAGGUGCAUUAUUAUGCUGAAGUAGUUUUAAUGAAUAAAUAGUGGGUUUAUUGUAAUUAUUUUCUACAUAAUCCUAGCCUAUCAAGAUCAAAUGAAGCAGAUAGUAUACAUGCUUUCGAGUAGCCUACCUUAAAUCGAUAGGCUAGGCUACAUUUACAACUAGAACAUGCAUUUCCUGCUAAAAAUGCGUUGGAAUGCUGAAAUCUGAAUUUAUUUAUUUUUAAUGGCUGAAAAUACAGAAAUGAGAAAUUACCCUCAAGCUGAAAUUAAUUUAACAAAUGUAUGACUUACACAAAAGAGGGAGUGUGGAAGCUCAGUGCUUAAAAACUAUGCGGGAGAAUACGUUUGAACUUGUGAAGCAAACGAAUAAAUAGUCGAAUUUCAA